CCAUGACCACCUCUUCCUACUACGUUACGCCCCCACCGGUCGGGAUAGGUCGCCAUCGCCAUCAUGAGCGGCCAGAUCGAUGCGCUCUAUAUCUAUGACGAGCAGAGCAAUCCGAUCGUCGAGCAGGUCUAUCGCUCCCGUCCUCCCUCCGCACCGGCCAUUCUCCCGUUGUAUCUCGCCCAUGCAGCUCCGCGGCCAUCGCUUUUAUACAUCCCGGGUGCUACUCCGCCGGUGACGGUAUUUUCAGUGGUUCAGUCUAACUUGUUGUUUCUGGCCCUGUCCGAGGUUGACACGGAACCGCUGCUUGUGCUGGAAUUCCUGCAUCGGGUCGUCGAUGUGCUCGAGGACUUCGUUGGGGCCCCCUUGCUUUCUUCGAAGCUGCAGGCGAACUAUGAGGUGGUUGCGCAGCUUCUGCAUGAGAUGUGCGAUGCGGGUAUCGUAUGCAAUACUGAGCCCAAUGCGCUGCAAGAGGUAGUGGAGAUGCCGGGGUGGAUGGGGAAGCUGUUAGGUGGUGUUGGAUUGCCUGGAUCAUCAACACCCAUCCUGGGACAGCCCAAUGCCUUGAAGCAAUCCAUGGCAUCCGCCGCCGCGGCCCAGGGCCCUGCGAUUCCCUGGAGAAAGUCCGGAGUCCGACAUACCUCCAACGAACUAUACGUUGAUAUCAUCGAGUCGCUUUCAGUGACGAUAGCGCCAUCGGGACGGCUGCUCUCUGCCAUAUCUUCUGGUACUAUUGCCUUUACUGCCAAAAUCUCCGGUGUACCCGAUCUACUUCUUUCCUUGACCGCGCCCGGCGGCCAAAAGGUGUUGGGACGGAAAAUGGACCUGCCAGUAUUUCACCCUUGCGUAAGGCUGGCGCGAUGGCGGGAACACCCCGGAGAGCUCAGCUUUGUACCACCGGAUGGACGGUUCAUUCUUGCCGGGUACGAGGUGGACCUGUUACCAAUCGAUCCGGGACUUGAUCAGCCCCCCAGCCAUAUGGAGAAGCUCUUCUUGCCUGCUAUCGUGGACAUUCGCAGGUCACUCGGCCCAACCGGCUCCGACUUUGAGGUGCGCCUUAUUCUCAACACCAACUUCCCGGGCUACUCAUCCUUCAACCGACCCGGCGUCGGGAGAAGCGGAUCCGGCACGUCGACGCCCUCUUUUCUCGGGGGAGGAAGCGGGAACUCGUCAACGCCGGCACUCGAAGAGGUUGUAGUGACCGUGCCAAUCCCCAAGUCGGUCCGGAACAUCACAGACAUGCAAGCGAGCCGUGGAGAGGCCCUCUUCUCACCAGGCAGCACCUCACUAGAAUGGCGCGUGCCGACCAAAGACGCCGGCACAAUUUCCGGGACGGCCACCCUCCGGUGCACCGUUGUGGGACAUUACCUGGACGAUGACCUGGAGGAGGAGGUCGAAGAGCUCGACGCCGACGCCAAUCUCCUUCAAGGCUACUACGACGCCACGAACAGCUACCAGAACGCUGAAGCAGACACGACGAAACGCAAGGUCAAGAAAAAGAAGAAGAAGAAGGUCGUCAAGAAAUCCUCCUCCCGCGCCGCGGCGGCAGCAGCAGCAGCGGCAGCCGAAGGCUCAGCGUCGUCCCCCGCUGAUCCCCUCCCCUUGACAUCCGAAGACCCUGAACUUCACGCCUCCGAACCACAACUCCCAAUACCGCCCAUCCAGCCAUCCUCCCCACAACCACCCCAAUCACAAUCCCAAUCCCAGAAACAAUCCCCCACCCGCCCACCCCCCGAAUCCUCCAUUUUCCUCACGGCGCCCCGCAAAACCAAGACGCAACUCAACGCCACGCUGAUGCCCACGUCGGCGUCGGUCUCGUUCUCCGUCCGCGGCUGGCUGCCGUCGGGCAUCAAGGUGGAAAGCCUGAACAUUGACCCGCGACGGAGUCGGGGGCUGGGUGAGGGGGUGAAACCCUACAAGGGGGUGAAAUAUAUCUGUGUGAGUCGGAAGGGGGUGGAACGACGAUGCUAA